GAACAUGGAGAAGGCGACCCUGCCAUCUGUGACGCUCAUCGUGGGCUGCGGCGUGUCCUCCCUCACCCUGCUCAUGCUGGUUAUCAUCUACGUGUCCGUGUGGAGGUACAUCCGCUCAGAACGGUCUGUCAUCCUCAUCAACUUCUGCCUGUCCAUCAUCUCCUCCAACGCCCUCAUCCUCAUUGGGCAGACUCAGACCCGCAACAAGGUGGUGUGCACCCUGGUGGCUGCCUUCCUGCACUUCUUCUUCCUCUCCUCCUUCUGCUGGGUGCUCACCGAGGCCUGGCAGUCCUACAUGGCUGUGACGGGCCGCCUCCGGAACCGACUCAUCCGCAAGCGCUUCCUCUGCCUGGGCUGGGGGCUCCCUGCGCUGGUUGUGGCCAUUUCAGUGGGGUUCACCAAGGCCAAAGGGUACAGCACCAUGAACUACUGCUGGCUUUCCCUGGAGGGGGGACUGCUGUACGCCUUCGUGGGACCAGCUGCUGCUGUCGUGCUGGUGAACAUGGUGAUUGGGAUCCUGGUGUUCAACAAGCUCGUGUCCAAAGAUGGUAUCACGGACAAGAAGCUGAAGGAGCGGGCAGGGGCCUCCCUGUGGAGCUCCUGCGUGGUGCUGCCGCUGCUGGCGCUGACCUGGAUGUCGGCCGUGCUCGCCGUCACCGACCGCCGCUCCGCCCUCUUCCAGAUCCUCUUCGCUGUCUUCGACUCGCUGGAGGGCUUCGUCAUCGUGAUGGUGCACUGCAUCCUCCGGAGAGAGGUCCAGGAUGCUGUGAAAUGCCGUGUGGUUGACCGGCAGGAAGAAGGCAACGGGGACUCAGGGGGCUCCUUCCAGAACGGCCACGCCCAGCUCAUGACUGACUUUGAGAAAGACGUGGAUCUAGCCUGUAGAUCAGGUGAGCGCCUGACAGUGCUGAACAAGGACAUUGCAGCCUGCCGCACGGCUACCAUCACAGGCACGCUGAAGCGGCCAUCGCUGCCCGAGGAGGAGAAACUGAAGCUGGCCCACGCCAAGGGGCCGCCCGCCAACUUCAACAGCCUGCCAGCCAACGUGUCUAAGCUGCACCUGCACGGCUCACCCCGCUACCCCGGCGGGCCCCUGCCCGACUUCCCCAACCACUCGCUGACCCUCAAGAAGGACAAGGCACCCAAGUCCUCUUUCGUCGGUGAUGGGGACAUCUUUAAGAAGCUGGACUCGGAGCUGAGCAGGGCCCAGGAGAAGGCUCUGGACACAAGCUAUGUGAUCCUGCCCACGGCCACGGCCACACUGCGGCCCAAGCCCAAGGAGGAGCCCAAGUACAGCAUCAACAUCGACCAGAUGCCCCAGACCCGCCUCAUCCACCUCAGCAUGGCGCCUGACGCCGGCUUUCCCACCCGCAGUCCACCCUCCCCACCCCCCAGCCUGGGGGAGUCAGGGGAGCCUGCAGCCCACCCGGGACCCAAUGUGGGGACCGGCACCAAGAACGAGAAUGUUUCUACCUUGUCCGUGAGCUCCCUGGAGCGGCGGAAAUCACGGUAUGCAGAACUGGACUUUGAGAAAAUCAUGCACACCCGGAAGCGGCACCAGGACAUGUUUCAGGACCUGAACCGGAAGCUACAGCAUGCUGCAGAAAAGGACAAGGAGGUGCUGGGCCCGGACAGCAAGCCAGAAAAGCAGCAGACACCCAACAAGCGACCCUGGGAGAGCCUCCGGAAAGCCCAUGGGACGCCUGCGUGGGUGAAGAAGGAGCUGGAGCCACUGCAGCCUUCACCACUGGAGCUGCGCAGCGUGGAGUGGGAGAAGUCCGGAGCCACGAUCCCGCUGGUGGGCCAGGACAUCAUCGACCUCCAGACUGAGGUCUGAGCGGGCGGGCGGCAGCCACGCACCGGGCCACAGAGGAGGGAUGCUGCUCUGCCCGCUCCUGCCGCAGGACGGGCACAGACACACUCGUGGGCAGCGGGCCAGGCCCGCGCUCCAGCCUCAGGGCGCUCGGACAGCGGCCAGGCACAGGGCCCGCAGUGCUGGGACCAGAGCCAGACGGAGGACAGGAGGUGGCCCGGCUGGCGGGCACAGGGCUCCAGAGGCCCCAGGUGCCUCAGACUCUGCCCUCCUCGGGCUGAGCCCCGGCGGGCAGGCGGGCGGCUGUGGACCACAGACAGGCCUAGCGCGGCCGCCGUCCCAGGGUGCCCGCCCGAGCUGCCGCUGAAGAGGACCAGCCUGCUUGGCCCGGCCGGCCUGGCACCGUUUUUUAGACACCCCCACCCCUCGGGAAGCAACCAGCCCCCUACACCUUCCAGGGCCCUGGGCCCCUCCUAGACCCAGGUGGAGAGCACAGCCCUCUGACCCGCGUGGCCCCCAGGGGAAGGACUGAGCCCCCUCCAGGAAGAAGCAGGGGGGAAUCUAUUUUUUCUCUCCUUUUCUUUUCUUCAAUAAAAAGAAUGAAAAACCCA